UUAUUUUGACAAAUUUAACGUUAAACAACAAUAAUUAUAAAGAAAAGAAAUGAAAGAACCGAUGUCGACAAAAUAAUUGAAUCCAACUUUAUUAUUGUGAGUCAGCUGGGACGAAGUGGCGACGCCUUAACAUAUUCUCAACGAAAUGGCAGAGGUGUUGGACAAGGUAGCGGACGUGGACAUAGACGAGGGCACCUUCAAGUAUGUGUUAAUUAAGGUGCACCACAGCCCCACCGCGCCCGCCCAGGAGACCUCCAAGUACAUUGUCCGCGGGUACAUGACAGCAGAGUACCAUUCAGACGUCUAUGACCGAGUGACACCCAACAUAGAGAGACUUGGGCUGGACUGUGAAUGUGUGGGUGGCGGCAGGAUCCAGCACCAGGCCAGCGAGGGGGCCAUCAAAGUGUAUGGCUACUCUCAAGGCUUUGGCAGGGCGGACCACAGUGUUGCCGUCACCCUCCUGAAGAAGAAGUACCCAGAUUACAAGACCAUUACCUAUUCCAAUGAUGGGUAUUAGGUCUUUUGGGUGGUGGUGAUGGUGGUGGUGGUGUUUUUUUUAUUUAAGUUAUUUUAUUUUCAUGUUUUUUUUUUUUGCUUUUCAUUUUUGUUUCUCUCUUUCAGUUUUGUGUCUUGAUAUAUUUCUCUCUCUCUCUCUCUGUUUGAGUGUAAUUUGGCUUUCUUAAUAAAUUUGAUGUUCUUAAAUUUGA